AUGUCUCUCUUCCGCAGUUGCAGGACUGCCUCCGUGCAAGUCCGUGGCUUCACCUCCUCGGCCUCUCUUCGAAUCGGACCAGAAUCGCCCAAUUUUGUCGAUGUCCCUCGCACCAUUCAACCAGACCUUCCUCCAAAGCAACAUGUGAAGGGUACCCUGCCUGUUCCUCGCGAAAUCUUCCCCGUUCGCAGAGCGGACAAGCCGUCCGAGGAAUAUAUUGCUGCCGCAACACCCCUUCCUUCUAAAGAAACCAAUGUCACCCCGAACGAUCCACAUGCCCAAUACAUCAACUGGAAGCGCCGGAUGGCAGAGAUGAGGAGACAAAACCUUAGAGAAGGUCUCCUGGAGUUGCACAGCCGGAAGCAGCGGACGGAUAAGUCGAUGAUGCAGCGGAGUGUCGAGAAGCAGAAACGGCGAGAGCGCAUUUUCCGGCAGUCAGAGAGAGAGGAUGAGCGAUUGACCCGUCCUUCGGUCAUCCAGGAGAUGCUGCCUACACGCACCCCGGUGCUCCCAGACCCCAACCGGGAAGAGCGUCUCACUAUCUCCAAGGCCCGGUUGGAGGCUGCGAAUACCCAGAAACAAGCUGAGCAGCAGGACUCUUUGCAAACACUGUACAUGAAUGCUCGGAACUUUAUCACUACCGAAGCUCAGCUCGCAGCUGAGAUUGACCGCGUGUUCCCUGAGGGUGAGAACGAAGCUUGGCGCAAUGACCACCAGCAGGGCGAGAACGUCUGGAACUUGGGUCUACCCCCAACCGUCCAGUCUAUCGUCAAUGAAUCCAGGAAGAGCGAGGCGGCUCGCUGGGAUCUUAUCCAGGGCAGAGUCAAGAAGUUGGGUGAGCAGAUCACGGGGGGCAAGUUGUGA